AGGAUUUAUACAAAUAGUUUCCAAAAAUGGACAAAAAACUAUGAUUUAUGAUUUGUGAUUGAGGAAGUAUUAUAUGGUUUUGAAACUUGUACUUUGAGUUAGGGACUUUUGACGCUUAAGGAUAGAAGUAAGUCGAGGAGGUAUAAGAUUGUGAUGGUGAACUGUUGGUUUUUGGGACCGGUUGUUGAUGUGAAAUAGGUCUUUGGGACCCAUUGUUGUACACACAGAGGCUUUGGGUUGUGUGCAGUGAUUUUUAGCCAAUUGGCAUGCUCUAUGUUACGAGGUUUGGAAACUGGGUGCAUUGAGAUAACUUUGUAUCAAUUUCGGUUAGAUUUAUGGCUUGUGGUAGGGUACAUGGUUGUUUUGAUGCAUGAUGACAUAUUGUUAAAUGAUUUUGAUAUGGUUUCAUAUUAUACAUGCUUUUCUCAAAACUUGUGGAUAUUACCUAUGUGCAAUUGAUGUUGUUUCUACAAAUUAUUUGAAAAUUAAUGAUGUGUGAUCUUAGACUUGUUGUUAUUAAACUGUUUUAAGCUUGUUAUUAAAGUGUAUUUUAAAGCUCGUCACUCACUAAGUGUUUUAGCUCAUACUUUCAAAUGUUUUCUUUCUACUUAGGUAGUAGAGAAGUUUGAGAGACUUAGCCACCUACCUAUCGACUGCUGCUCUCGACAUCCUGACUUUUAAGUAUGACUUUCUUGUAUGUUUGUUAUGAAUAUGAGUUGAUUAGGCUUGUUGACAAUAAGGGUCCAAUAUGUUAUGUUGAAUACAUGUAUGUAAUGUAUGAGGUUGUGGUGCAAUUGCUAGAUAAUAUGUAAAAGCUAAUAUGGACCUUAUGCAUUUACUAAAAGCCUUUUAGGCUUUGUUCAUGAAUAAAAUGUGUGGCUUCUAUACAUCUUGUUUGUUGGUUGUCUGUUUUCUAAUGGUAGAUGCUAUCAUGGGUGGUAACAUUCAUUGUCCUCUACCCUCCCUCGGAAUGGCAAGGUGUUGUUCGAGAAGGGUGUGACAUUAAUGGUAUACACUUUCCAAAUGUCUUGUUUCUCUUAGGUAGCUACAAAUUCAAGCGCCUUAUAGAAGCUGUGAUUGUCUUUGCUGUCUAAAAGUCUUGCUUCCUCAUUGCAUAGUUUUUUUUUGUAUGUGCUUUCCAUAACCAAUUUGUAAAAAGUGUAUGGAUCACCUUGUGUUCAGUAGUAUGUUAAAAAAGGUUGUAAAGUUAUAACAAACAUUUAAAUCAAUGAAGAGUGUUCUUUAUUGUUAUUGUUAUCUCUCACAUUGUCUAUUUAAGUCUCCAUUUGAGAUAAGAUUUAAUUGAAGUUUAAAUAGUUGAGUGUGUGUUGGACAUCAAGAGAGUAAAUCAUGUGCACAUCGAGGGAGUAAAUCAUGUGUUAAGUCUGAGAUUUGUGAUAAAUAUCGAGUGUCAUACCACCAAGGAAUGUUGACACUUCUCUUGCACGUCAUACUCUCUCAAUUUAAGCAGGUAAAUCGAGAGAGGGUGUGACAUGAACUAUAAUAACCUACUUUACCUAUAUGAAGUUAAAGACCAAACGUCAAAAGUGGCUAUAAUAACCCUCGAGAAGUUUCCACCGCUAAGUUAUAAAUAGUGCUAUAUGGUAAAUGAAGAUUAAAAUAGUAGUUAACACACUGGUCCGAACCUACCCCAUUAAACUCAUUCUAUAUGGGUGCUUGGAGAAUGUAAAACGAACCUCCCGAAAAUGAAAAUGGGUUCUUUAUUCUAUUAACCAAGUUAAAAAAAAAAAAAGAGAGAGAGAGAGAGAAAAGAGAAAAAAAAAAAAACACUUAUGUGAACUCGUUCACACGGUAUACGCCGAACGGCAGUCGUUCCUUUCGUCUUUUUCUUCUCCAUUUCUCAGUCUUCACCGCCGGAAAAUUCUCUCAGCUUCUCCCUCACAGCAUGAAGCGCGUCUUUGACGAAAUUUCCGACGAAGAGUGGUCCAAUCACUCCUUCAAGCCCUCUCGUGUCUUCACCAAACCACAGACUGGACCUUCGAUCCCUCCUCCGAUUGAAUCUUUCGCAUACCGAUCCCACCAGCUCUAUAUUUCCGAUGAGAGUAGUGACGAUUGUGUCGUAGUCAUGGAAAGUUCCAAGAAUUAUGAGGAAAAUUUGGAGGACGAGGAUGUCGAGGUUGAGGGAGUGAAAUCCACCACGGCAGUGAGUCGUGGCCGUCGGUUUGUGGUUGAUGAUGAAGAUGAAGAAAGUGAGAGGGAAUUGACUGAGGUCUAUGAUGUAAAGUCGACGAGUGAGGACGAGCUGGAGGAGGAUAGGGAGGAUGACGAUGAUGUCGUCGGUAAGGCUCUGCAGAAGUGUGCAAAAUUAUCUGCCGAGUUGAAGAGAGAGCUGUACGGCUCUUCGGUCUCUACCUGCGAACGAUAUUCAGAAGUCGAGUCUUCUUCUGUUAGGAUAGUCACCCAGGAUGAUAUUAAUGCGGCAUGCAAGGUUGAAGAUUCUGAUUUUGAGCCUGUUCUCAAGCCAUAUCAGCUGGUUGGCGUGAACUUUCUUCUUCUUUUGUAUCAGAAGGGAGUUGGUGGAGCUAUACUUGCAGAUGAGAUGGGUCUGGGGAAGACAAUACAAGCUAUUACAUAUCUUGUGAUGUUGAAAUAUUUGAACAAUGAUUCGGGGCCUCACCUAAUUGUAUGCCCUGCAUCUGUUCUGGAGAAUUGGGGAAGAGAACUCAAAAAGUGGUGCCCAUCCUUUUCAGUACUCCACUAUCAUGGGGCUGCCCGGUCGGCAUAUGCUAAGGAAUUGAAUUCUCUGGCUAAGUCGGGGUUGCCUCCUCCGUUUAAUGUUCUUCUUGUUUGUUAUUCUCUCUUUGAAAGACACAGUUCCCAGCAAAAAGAUGAACGUAAAAUCCUGAAACGUUGGCAAUGGAGUUGUGUUCUUAUGGAUGAGGCUCAUGCCUUGAAAGAUAGAAACAGCUAUCGGUGGAAAAAUUUAAUGUCUCUUGCACGUAAUGCAAAGCAACGAUUAAUGUUGACAGGGACACCGCUUCAAAAUGAUUUGCAUGAGCUGUGGUCACUGUUGGAGUUUAUGAUGCCCAAUCUCUUCGCUACUGAGGAUGUGGACUUGAAAAAACUAUUAACAGCUGAGAAUAAUUCAUUGAUUAAUCAUAUGAAAUUCAUUUUGGGUCCGUUUAUUUUGAGACGGUUAAAAUCUGAUGUUAUGCAGCAACUUGUUCCAAAGAUACAGCAGGUUCGGUAUGUUGCAAUGGAAAAGCAACAAGAAGAUGCCUACAAGGAUGCUAUUGAAGAUUAUCGAAAUGCUUCUCUCGGCCGCAUUGGUAGAAAUGCCAAUACUAAUUCAGAAAACAUAUACAAUAUUCUUCCCCGUCGUCAGAUAUCUAAUUAUUUUGUUCAGUUCCGCAAGAUUGCUAAUCAUCCUUUACUAGUACGGCGCAUUUACAAAGACGAGGAUGUUGUCCGUUUUGCUAAAAAGUUACACCCUUUAGGUGCAUUUGGAUUCGAGUGUACCGUGGAAAGGGUAGCUGAGGAACUUAGAAGUUAUAAUGAUUUUUCCAUUCACCGGUUAUUACUUUCUUACGGCAUUACUGACAGAAAGGGAGUUCUAUCUGAUAACGAAGUGUUACUUUCGGCUAAGUGUCGGGAAUUAGCACAGCUACUUCCUUCACUGAAGCGAGAUGGACAUCGAGUUCUUAUUUUCAGUCAAUGGACUUCAAUGCUUGACAUCCUAGAAUGGACACUGGAUGUGAUUGGGUUUACUUAUAGACGACUCGAUGGAAGUACGCAGGUAGCAGAACGACAGACGAUAGUUGACACUUUCAACAAUGACACAUCUAUAUUUGCGUGCUUGCUUUCUACUAGAGCGGGGGGACAGGGGUUGAACUUAACCGGAGCCGAUACUGUUGUCAUUCACGACAUGGAUUUCAAUCCACAGAUUGACCGCCAAGCAGAAGAUCGUUGUCAUCGAAUUGGUCAAACCAAACCUGUCACUAUAUACAGGACUUGAGGUUGGGGAGGAUGAUUGACACUGCCCGACAUAGUAGGGGACUCUACCUCCUUGACCAUUUCACUUGUGACUUGUGAGAUCUAGAAACUGUUAGUAAGUUGGUAAUGGGAGAAGUGAAGCAUAUGGUUUUGUCUAAUGUAAUUCCCCGCAACCUCAAGUUGAACGGAUCUAACUAUUAUGGUUGACGUCUCACGAUUCAAUUAUAUACUUGGUAUAUAGAUAUGGAUGAUCAUGUGCCUGAGGAGCCACCAAUAGAUGAUAAGAAAAAGGCAUGGCUUCAUGAUGACACUCGAUUCUAUCUUCAAGUUAAGAAUUCGUUGUUGGUUUGGUGGAUCGUUGUGAUUCUGUGAAAGAGCUCCUAGGAUUCUUAGAUUUUCUUUACUUUGGAAAAGAAGUUCAUAGAAUGUUUGAUGUCUGUAUGCAAUUUUUUCGAGUUGACCAAAAGGGUGAAUCUCUUCUUAGACAUACCAAACUUGCUUUACUAUUAUCUUUUAGCUCCAAUGUCAAAGUUUAACAAACUCAAUGAAAAAAGAUGGUUGUUAUGAUAUUUUAGAACAGAUUGCUACCUGAAUUUGGAAUGGCUAAACCACAAAUUCUUUA